AUGGCAGUGAGAGAGGCAGAGAACAGACUGAAUACAGACAAAUCAGUCAGCAGAAGAGAUGACACCUCACUGCAAGGUGCAGCUACUAUCACCACAGCUGUAAGAGAUACAGAAGAAGAAGGAGAUGUGACAAUGAGAGCAGUGCUCCCGCGGCUCAUUGACACUGCUAUCUUCAUCUUCAACCUGGCUUUCUUAGCAGCUACAGAGGCCGCAGCUGCAUCACAAAGACAUUUAUUACUCACUAGAAAAUGUCAGAAUAAGUCUCUUAUUGUCUCUCAAGAAUGA